CUUCCUUUUCUAUCUCUUUCAGACGACCAAUCCUCUUAUUUUCACUGACAGGUUUGUUUGGCCUGAUCAUCGCCUCCUCUCACCUCCAAAGUCGCUGAGAAAGGUUUGGUCGGGUAAAAUGAAUCAUAGUCAAACCCCCAGUGCAAAAUAUGACAGAGAGGAUAUCUUGUCGGCUUCCGAGCCUCACCAGAACAAUAAUGACCAAGGAGCCAUGAGCGAUGAGACAGAAAAGGGAAACCUAGAGUUGAUGGUUGAGUCUCAGGAUCAGCAGCCUGCAAACAAUGCACCUCCUCCACCCCCAAAUGGGGGAUAUGGAUGGGUUGUCACCGCCGCCAUCUGCAUCAUCAACGCCCAUACAUGGGGCAUGAACUCGAGUUAUGGAGUCUUCUUGGCGUAUUAUAUCAAGAACAAUACUUUCCCGGGGGCCACGACUCUACAGUACGCCUUUGUGGGCUCUCUCAGCAUCAGCUGCGCCAUGGGCGUCUCCCCAUUUGCAACCCUGGCCGUCAAGAAGUUUGGCACAAGGCAAGUGAUGCUCCUUGGUGUCUUCCUUGAAGCAGGCAGUUGGAUUGCAGCAAGCUUUGCCUACAAGAUAUGGCAUCUCUUCCUCACUCAGGGUGUUCUCUUUGGCGUGGGCAUGGGUUGUCUCUUCACUGCUACAGUGGGCAUUAUCCCUCAGUGGUUUACGACUCAUCGUUCCUUGGCAAACGGCAUAUCGGCUGCUGGCUCAGGCAUGGGGGGUCUUAUCUACUCAUUUGCUGCCGGUGCUAUGAUUCAGAACUUGGGGCUUGCCUGGGCCUUUAGAAUACUUGGAAUCCUCGCAUUUGUGGUCAACUUCAUCUGCAGUCUUCUAGUGAAGGAUCGCAACAAGAUUGUGGGGUCGACGCAUCUGGCCUUUAAGAGCAGUCUCUUGACAAGAGCCGAGUUCCUGCUAUUUAUCUUAUUCGGCUGGUUUAGCAUCCUGGGUUAUUCCGUGGAUAUUUUCAGUCUUGCCAACUACGCCAACGAAAUCGGCCUUCAAUCAUCUCAAGCAGCCCUCAUCAAUGCAUUUUUCAACCUUGGCCAGAGCAUUGGCCGACCGAUAAUGGGUUACUUUAGUGACCGAACUGGGCGAAUGAACAUGGCUGCCAUCUGCAGCUUCCUGGCUGGCGUCUUUUCAUUAGCCAUCUGGAUCAACGCCAAAACAUAUGGCGUGCUAAUCCUCUACUCUAUUGUAUGCGGUAUGGUUGCCGGCACGUUUUGGACGGUUGUCGGACCUGUCGCAGCCGAAAUUGUCGGGUUACAAGAUGUACCAUCUGCGCUCAAUAUCAUGUGGUUGAUGAUUCUGCUUCCCUGCACUUUCAGCGAGCCAAUCGCUUUGCAGAUUGUGACCGGAACAGGAAGCUAUCUCGGCACCCAACUAUGGACGGGGUUAAUGUUUAUUGCUGCUACAAUCUGCAUGGUCAUACUUCGUGGGUGGAAGAUUGGUGAAGUCGACGAACUUGCCAGAGCACACAAUGAGAGACCGGAAGAUUUCGAUCCGUACAAGACCAAUGAUGCUGAGGAACUGGUCGAGCAAGGCAGAAAGGCUGGUCGACGACGAAUGCUUGUUGAUUUCUACAGGCAGAGGGUUGUCUAAGGAUCAAUUGUGGAUUUUCACCUUUGCGAACCGCGGUAAUGAGCCCAAUGAGGCGGCUCUCUAAAACGAAAGCCAGGAUACGAAAUGGCAAAUCAACGAAUUGUUAUGUCAGACAUGGCUGUGAUUGUGUUCAUGUCAUUGAACACCGGAUUUUGGAUAUUAAUUGCUUGACAUAUAUGGGGUUUAUGGCGUAAUGAAACUUAAUAUGGGGGCAUUUGUCUUGAUGUAAUAGCUAUUUCCUGUCUACUUACGAGCGCAUAUAAAAGGGAUCUAUAGAUUAAUAUUUGAAAGCUCAUAAUUGU